AUGGCGUCGGCAUGGCCACAUGCCACGUCGCGAUGGCAGGCAGUGGCAGCUUUGCUUGCAGCCAUUCUGGCCGUCGAAGGCCCGAUGCGCGCACAGGCAGUUGCCAUGCACGCAGAGGCAAGGGUGGCGGGUGGCAAUCCCAUCCGCAAGAUCAUAGACAUGCUGGAGACCAUGCGAAACAAGGUUCAAGCAGAGGGCGACGAAAAAUCCAAAAUAUUUGACAAGUACCAGUGCUAUUGCAAAUCUACGUUUGCAAAGCUGACAUCGCAAGUGGAUCAGGUGAAGACCGGCCUUCCUCAAUUGCGAUCACGCAUCCGCGAAGUGGCAGCUUUACAAGCAACGUUGGAAUCCGAAGUUGCCCAGCAUAAGAAGGAUAGAGAUGAAACAAGAAGCACAAUGGAGAGUGCAUCAGCUUUGCGAAAGAAGGAGUCCGAAGCUUACUUGAAGGAAUCGGCGAGCGAGAAGCAAACCUUGGAUUCUGUGAAAGAUGCCAUCGAGGCCAUCGAAAAGGGCCAAGGCAGCGCCUUCCUGCAGACGCAGCGUGCUACGGUACUGCGAAGGUUGUCCGUCUCGGCCGUCGUUGGCCCAUAUUUGCACAGCUUUUUCGUUUCUGAUCAGCACCUGCGCUGCAACUCUGGUGCGGACAUGUUGAAGGAGAUUUCCGACAACGUCAAAGAGUUGGUGAAUCUGGAGAAGCAGCGCAUUUCGGAGCACGAGAGCCUGCUCGAUGCUAAACAAAAAGAAGGUGAGGCAGCAACAAAAGCCAUGGAAGAGAAGAUGCUUCGGCUCGGUGAGCUGAAGGUGGAAAUGCAAACGGUAAAGGAUGAUAUCAAGGACAAAGCAGACAGUGAAAAAGAGAGCUCUUCCUUUUUCGCCGAUCUCAAGAAAACAUGCGACGAAAAGCAGCAGGCAUGGAAUGCUUAUCAAUCAGCUCAAGCAGAGGAGCUUCGGGCCUUGACAGAAACUGUGGAGUUCUUAGAGAAGAACGAUGUACAAGGUGCGGUACGUGGAGCAAUGUACAAACCAUCAUUGAUGCAGAAAUCUCCGAUGUCCGCAGUACCAAUCUCUUCCCGAUUCAUGUCCGAAUCCAAGGAGGAGCGAGGGAAUUGGGUCAGCCUCCUUCAGAUGAGCGCUGGAAGUGCAGACGAGGCCUCCCGCAGCCAGAAGUCUGACUACGCCGAGAUGGCUUUGCGUGGGAGUCGGCCAGGAUUGGAAGUCGCGAUCCAAAAACUUGACGAGCUCCAUGAUGUUCUGGACACGGAACAAGCAUCAGAUGAGGAGCGCCAGCAGUACUGCCAAAAAAAAUUGGGGAAGGCGGCCAUGGUCAAGCAGAACAAGGAACGAGACAUUGAGGAUGCGACGACCAUCAUGGCAACUUACGAGAACGAGCUCAGCACCGUGGUUGACGAGAUGAGAGAUAUGGAGAAAACCAUGAAGGCGGGACCGCCGGAGGGCGAGGGGUUCGGAUCCGGCCUGUCCUCUGCCUGGAACUCCUCCGCUCCGUUACCUUCGCGCAUUUGGAAUAUUUCUGCUCAGGCCCGACCCGGCUUCGCCGCCCCCGGUCGUGGACUCUAA